GAUUCUUUACCGAGGCCCAACAUGCUAGCUCAACUCGCGAUAUCAUUCGCGUCGGCAUACGGCGUACAAUGGAAUACGGCUUCACUUUCGAAAAUCAAACAUAGAGAGUUCGCCGGGCGCAUCCUCACGCUGCACUGUUUGUACGAAUGUGCAAACAAUGGAGCUACCCAUUUCCUGCGCGAAUAUAUCCUGACGAUAUCCAACUGGUCGCAGACUUGCCGGCAGGCAAACACGCAGGAUAACCUCGGAUUUCUCUGAAAAUACGAUCAUCAUCUAUUCGGUAGCGCAUAGGGAAGCCGAGAGAAGAUCAUCAGUUUUGAUAUGAAAAUCCGUGGCGCUUAAUUUUGCAAAACUCGCGGUGCUCUUCGCGAGCGAUCUAAUAACGCGAUGGUGGCGAAUUCUUUGAAAAGAAAUCGCCGAGGACGAGGAACAGGAGGAUGAGGAGAGAGUGGACCACGGGGAAAGCGAUCAAAUCGAGGUUCGAUCGAUCGAUCAAAGCCGAGCUCCCCACGGAUGUCCAGCACGCGAGCCAUACCGCAAAAGGGUUCGAGGGGAAAGAAGGGAGAGAGAGAGAAAGAGAAAUAGAACGAGAAAGAGAAAGAGAAAGAGAAAGAUAGAGAAAGAGAGGUGGGCAUCGCGAGAGGGAGAGAGCUUCGAGUCCGGUGGGAGAUAAAGCGAUAAAGAGCAACGUGGGAGAGAAAGAGAGAGACGGAGAGGGAUAGAAUGAGGGUUCUGAAAGAGGGAAAGAGAGACGCGAAGCGCGCCAAUGAGAGGAGCAGCGAAAGAGAAAGAGGGAGUUGGAGCGCGCAUUGGGAAGAGCGAGAGAGUCAGUCCGAGAGAGAGAGAGAGAGAGAAGGAACGGUGGCUGGAAGGAGUGGGGUGGCAGAAGGGUAUGAGUGGAACCAGGAAAGGGGAAAGGGAUGCUGCGUGUGUUGGCAUGGACCAGUGCGUCAACGGCUGUUGCCUCACACGAACCGCCGAAAUUAUAGUUAGUGACCCCAACGGGUGUUCCGAAAUACACCACAGAGUACCGUAGCACGCCCAGAAUAGAAGCACCGAAGACUCCUCACGGAUAUCGUCCUAUCAUCCUUCUGGAAUAUUGUUCACGAGUUACCUCGGAACAUCCCAAGAGGACCUUUCAAGGAAUCUCGAUGAUCCUGCCAAGCCAAAUCCUACUACCCUCGGAUAAUAUCCUCAUAUCUCGAUGAAUUCGUAGCUGGAUAUCAGAUCGUGCGGUAAACUUUAAUACUGCGGUUACGGGAUCGACAAAAAAUUGAGAAGGUUUAAGCGUUGAAAGAUUGAUAUGAAUCUAUGAUGUAUUAGAUAAUUCCUAGUAACAAAAUAUGAUAAUGUUAAAAGAUUGAACUUGAUGAGAACUUGUCGGUGAAAUAAAUAAAUAAAUAAAUAAGAAGAAAAAAAAAAGAAUAAGAAAAGAAGGUGUUAAGAUUUGAAGAUCUUUUGGAAAGUGUCGGUUCGGUGUUGUACGAACCGAAUGGAAGGAUGUUUCAUCCGGCGUUCUGACUGCCUAUGGAUAUAUUCGACCGUUGCAACAACGGUGGCGGCGGCGGAAACACGGUAACCGGAAGCGGCGGCGGUGCUUCGGUGAGGACAUCGAGCAACGAGUCUGGCAGUGGAACGUCUAGCGGUGGAAGCGAGAGUAGCGGAGGAGGAUCUUCUACCAGGAUGCAGUUGACAGGAGCUUCGGCUCCUGGGGCGGCUGCCUCACCGGAGUCCGGCGUCUCGCCAUUGACGGACGCCUAUACCAAAAUGACCAGCGAUAUUCUUGCCGAGAGAACGCUUGGUGAUUUUGUUAGCGAGCAUCCUGGCGAACUCGUCAGGACAGGCUCACCACAUUUGGUCUGUACGGUUUUACCAGCCCACUGGAGAUCGAACAAGACGUUACCGGUGGCAUUUAAAGUGGUAGCUUUGGGAGAAGUUGGCGACGGUACUUUAGUGACGGUUCGUGCUGGUAACGAUGAAAAUUGUUGCGCCGAAUUAAGGAAUUCUACGGCAUUGAUGAAAAAUCAAGUAGCUAAGUUCAACGAUCUAAGGUUCGUCGGUAGAAGUGGCAGAGGAAAAAGUUUUACUUUGACGAUAACGGUAUCAACAACGCCACCUCAAGUGGCAACUUACACGAAGGCUAUCAAAGUAACCGUAGACGGCCCACGCGAGCCGCGAUCCAAGACCAGUGAGUAUCACUUGCUAUCUCUUUUAGGGCAGCAACAACAGUUUCACGCAUUCGCCUUUGCCUCCCAACGUGGUGCACCGUUUUUCGCAUCCCCAUUGGUGGAUCCUCUACAGUCUCUACCGAAUCCUCUACAGCCGUUGCCGAACCCGUUACAACCACGGGAUCCUCUGUCGUCUUUCAGGCACGCGAUGCCUGGUAAUUGUCAGAACAUGUCUCAAUUCGGUUUGACGGCGAGCAACUCCUGGGGAUACGGAAGUACAGCAGGAUAUGCUGGCUACCUUCCCGGUCCUCUGUCGUCUUGUGCGGCCCAAGCGUCUUUUCCACCCCCACCCCCUCCUCCUCCUCCACCACCACCACCGACGUCUUCCUUGGCGUCGUUCGCUGGUACCGCUGCUAUGACCACCCCGACGGCUCCUGAUUCGACGGCGGGCUCAGCCGUGACUUCUGGUAGCACUGGUACUACACCACAACAGGACGCUUUCACCGGGGUAUCCUCGCUAGUGCCGGACACAACAACACCUGGUCAAUCCGAUCCGUUGGAUCCACUGAGCACGCUCAUGUCCGGUACGACAAGUCAAAGGUACCAGGACUACGUUUCACCGAGGUCCUUGUCAACGGACUCUAGCACCACGGAAAGUCCUGUUCAAGAGGAGCAAGGAUUCGGCCAAAACUACGGCAAUUACUUUCCGACGCCAGGCGUAUUGCCGAGUAUACUUUACUCUCAACUUUAUGGAAAUCAAUUCCAGAACUCGGAGAGUCCUGAACAGAGAGCCGUCACCGAGAGUUGUAGUGUUAGACAGGAAGAAGUCAGACCGGAUAACAACGUUUGGAGACCUUAUUGAGAGAUAAACAUGGCGUCGGGUCGUCAUUCCCGAUCGUCGUUGAGCGUUCGGACGUUUUAAAACAGACUGUGAUAGGUAUUCAAUUUUUUCGAUUAAAACAGCGAGAAUAUCGUUAGCGAUGAAGCCAAUUGUUGUUGUUAUUUUUUCAUUAACACGUGCUGACGAAACAACGAGUCUUCAAUUAGGGCCAACACACGAACAAUAUUAUACACAUAU